CCCUCCUGACCUUACCAUGCUGCCAGGUGCCCCGGAGAAGCCGGUUGUUAGCGACCUCAUGGAAACCAGUAUGCGGUUGUCAUGGCAGUUGACCCGCAUAACUGAUAACACCCCGAUCCUCGGUUACCAAGUGGAAUACUUUGCCUAUGGCUCCACAAAGUCAUGGCAAGUGAGUGGGCUCCUGUACACAAAGACAGAUGUAACCAUCAUGGACUUGGCCCCAGACACGACGUACGUGUUCCUUGUGCGUGCUGUCAACAUGUACGGCAUGGGCGGACCCAGUCCUUUGUCAGACAAGAUUCGCACUCUCGCAAAAGGUGAGGCGUCGUUAUCUGUCCCACCGAUCGUUAAUCUCCCAGAAGACAUGGUCGAUGAGAGGCUGAAGUCGGUCGGGGAUUCGUCUGCUGCGUGGAGAGGCGGUCAACGAUAGCGCCAUACGCAUCAGCUGGACUGUGGACAAUGACAUGGGUGUGGUCACAGGCUUCCUGGUCGUGUACAAGCCCAUCCUCAACAUGGGUAACCGUGACAACCUGCAGUACGGCCCCACCCAUAAGCACCGCAUUGCAUACCGACCCCUCACCCACACCAUCACGGGGCUGGACAGUUACACGUACUAUGAGAUCUGUGUAUCGGCAGAGAGUGGUGUCAAAACAUCCUCUUGCAGUCAGCCGAUGAAAAUACAGACCGGUGAAUCAGUUCCAUCCAGUGCGCCACUGAACCUUGUCAUAAAUCGCGAGGGUGACACCACCAUCCUGGUCACAUGGUCAGCACCAGACGUGUCAAAAAGAAACGGAGAGAUCAUUGGAUAUAUGAUCAAAUGCCUCAGCGAGGACGGUCAACACAACUGUAGCCGCAGCGUGAAUGGUUCUACCCACAGCUUAAGACUCGAGAACCUUGUUGCUGGUAUGAACUACAACAUUGAGAUGGCUGCUGUAACUAGUCAGGGCACUGGGAAAUGGAGCUCCGUCUUUGCCAUUGGUCCUGAUAAUUCCGGAAUCACAAAGGAGCCGUGGUUUAUUGGAAUGAUCGGCGCUCUGGGCGGCAUUGUGUGGCUGGGACUCUGUAUCUUCACUGUGUGGCUGUGCCGGAACCGACAGCGCCGAAAGAAGCUAAAAGAGACGUGGUACAACGCUGGUGGUCAGAACGGCACAGAUAAAGUGAACGAAAGGAAUGGCAGUGUAGCAAGGAAAGGCUAUGGGAAGAAGGAGGAAGGUGAUGAUUCCGGAUUUCCGACGGAGUUGAACACACUGCUGCAGCUGUCCCGUAAAGAGGCAGACGGGCUCCACGACCCUUACCCCCAGGGCGGGGCAGGGCCACACCCUGAAAUGAAGACGUUUUAUCAGCAGUCAGGGCCUGUAACUCCGUAUGCAACAACUGCACUGCUACAAGCCCAGGCGCUGGCACAGGCUAGAAAACAGGGUGGAGACCAGAUGUUUCAGCCAAUCGGUGGAGGUUGUGUUCAGCACAGCCAUAGCGGAGGUUCUUGCGAGUCGAACACAGACAAGUCCAUAACCACAGAUGUAUCCGUUGAAAUGCACGAGGGCAACAAAAGUAAUAAAAGUUCCGCAUGUGAUAGCGGCAAUCUUUCAGAUGAGAACGGGAUGCUGUUAAAACAGGGCCGAAAGCCUAGCGGUUUUCGUCUCGGGCAGUCCCAGAAUCCUGGAGUGGUGAAUUGGAAUGACGUCCUCCCUCCCCCACCUACUCACCCGCCAACCGACGGGGAAUACCUACAGGAUGAGGGACUGUACUCAGAAAUCCCGGAGGAUCGAUCCCGUAGUGUAAAAUCUCCUGCCCAGAUAUCUGCUUGUUCUUGCCCCACCCCUCACGGCCCGGUUUGUUCCCCAGGUCCUUACUGUGCAGCAUACUUGGACAGCUGUAACCGAUGUCAGUCUCUACGGAGUUUCGAUAAUCGCCCAUAUUCACCGCAGCAGUUAAUACAGCUGCAUCGCCAGCACGCGCCGCUUCAAGGCGUCACCCCUACCCACACGGCGCGGGUUCCCGGAAUGCAGCGCCCGGGCGGGACUCCCGUGUACAUGCAUGGGUAUUCCCAGCCCUGGGAUAGUCAGCCCUUUGCCCGGGGUCAGUAUGAGUAUGAGUUUGCCAAUGACCCGAGGGAUGGUGGGUAUAAGUACACUGAGCCGGUUCAGGAUGGUUUGAUUCAGCAUCCACAUGCCGCUACAAUGAAUCCAACAAGGGGCAUGCAAAGGCGGGCUCCAACACACAUUGAUUAUAACGAUAGACAGUUUCAUUACCCGAAUUCGGGUUCCGAUGGUGGUAACAUUCCUGGUGGGCCACCAGGCAACUAUUGUGAAGGACCCUGUAGGGGGCAGACGGAAGCUGCAAAUGUUAUGAAUGCUAUGAGCAUGAGUGCGAGUUACCAUAGAAACUCUAGUGAAGAGAAUUCUCGCAAUCCGUAUCUGGAGGGCUACAAGAUUGAAUCUCCGCCCAGCAGCGGUGGUGACAGUGCGUACAGGGUGUGUAACAGUGGGGGUAGUCUGGCAGGAAGUGGGGGGGAUUCUGGGAGGUCAAGGUUGUCUGGAAAUCCAGGGAGACUACUCCAAGACGGGAAGAGUGUGCCGGAAGGCAAAUUUGAUAUUAACUACAGACAUCCAGGCUUUCAUUCUCGAUCUGAUAGUGGCGGCCCUCGUCCAUGCAUGAUUGACGAGGGGUACACCAGGAAUGCAGACUCUCCCGUUUCGGCGGAUGACCAUUAUUAUAACGACGGGUCAGAUCCAGGAACAGACGGGGGCAGCCAGAGAGACUCGCUGGUUGCAAACUGGGAGAGUAUGGACGACUGUAGCGGGGAACAUUCCAGUUCUAAUGAGGACGAUGAUGCUGACGCAGACAGCGCGGACGCCGACGAGGAUAGCCAGUUCCUGAACGAGGAGGACUUUGCUAGCGCCGUAGCCCGCGCUGCGCAGGAGUCUGGGCUCACUGUGGUCGGGUCAACUAUCAGUGAAGCCAAGGCCUCCAAAUCGGCAAAGAAAACCCGUCGUCACAGACAGCAAGCCCGUCCACCAAGCCCCGGCUACAGCACGGACAGUAACUACGGCACCGUUGACAUACCUCGCAAUCCGUACCCUAAAUCCCAGCGCAGGCGGCAGAUCGAAAAAAAUGGUAAACUGAGGCGCAAGGGAGACAACUCUGAGAGUACUCAAAGCAAAGAUGAGAGCCGUAAAAAUUGUCUCCCCUCCAGUAUUAGCCAGCAGCCUUUAAAGAAUGCUGGUGGUGCCACUGAAGCCCUGUUUACCCGUCCCCCUUGCCCCCCUCAGACAAGCCCCGCCCCCUCAUCCUAUAAGACCCUGCCACCCUCCUUGUAUCGACACAAGACACCCCUAGAACCUCCCACCACCACCAACAACAACAAACCUCCGACGGGAAGCAGGCCUGUCUUUCAGUUCUCUGAUGAUAUUCCGGUUGUUUGACGAUGACAGGGAAAUUUACUGAAAAUACUCCAUGCGUUUCAACGUUUGAGAUUAAACUGCGCACCGGUGCAGCAUUUUGACCUCUGUAAGAGAAUGGGACAUCAGCUGUGUGUAACCUUGAUGAAUGUUGAGUGUCACCUACUUGAAGCUCGAGUGGAGCUUACAUGAAUGUGGAGUGUAGCCUAUUUGAAUGUGGAGUGCAGCCUACAUCCAUCGGGCCAUGUGUCCAUAGUCUGCUACCACUUAGGCAAUGUUGCACGAAAGCCAUGUUACUGUGUUAUAGUGCUUUGUAGCCUAAACAUUAAUGUAAUUUACAACAUCCCAGAUGUUUUGUUUUAAUAUUCAGUGCUUUAACACAUAACACUUUAAAUACUGUAAUUUGGUUCGACCAAAUCUGUUUACAGUUAUUUCUAUAUAAACUUUUCUGUCUUCAGAUGUUCAAAAGAAAUCUGCUUGGCAGUUGUUCUAAAUGUUUGCUUAAGAAGAAAAACCAAAGAACCAAUGUUCAUGCUAUUAUUUUCAUGCUUUUUCGUGAUAUAUUGGUAAGAUUUUUCAUAGCCAACAUUUACCUUGUUAAAAAUGUAUAACCUACAGAUGGACAAAGUUAUUGAGGAAAGAUCUGUAUUAAUAUCUCAGAAAAUACUUAUUCAACUGUUUGCCAGAAAGUAAAUAUUGUUUCAUAUAUUGUACAUCGUCUCUAAGUAUUACGUUUGAUUUGGGUGUAUACUUUCUGUAUUCCUAAAAGAAAUCCGAGCAACAAAUGCGACUGUCAGAUUGAAAGUUUCCCUCAAAUCAUAGAGGGCAAAAAUUGCUUGAAACUGAAUGUCCUUCAAAUAAUCGUUGCUCUGCGAAAAUGGAGCUUAAUGCAUGUGAUAAAAAAAUAGCCUGUCUAUGCAUUAACCCAAUUUCCACAUAUCACGGCUGAAAUAUAUUUAAUCAAAUCUUGUCUUUUGGCUUACCUUUCAUACUUCUUUUAAUUUGAAGCUAUUUUUUAAACAUUACUUUUCAUAAUUUUUUGGUCAACAUAUCUUUGCUAUUAAAAUACAAAUAGUUAAGUGAGAGAACAAUUGUAUAUUUUAACGUAAUAAUCCUUAAAACAGAGCUAAUGUUCUCCAUUAUGAUAUAUUUAAACAUGUAGCUUAAGAUUUCAUCGUAUACUGAUCAGUGUGAUCAUAUAUAUAUGUUUAUCAUUCUUGAUACCAAAGUUGUGCAUAAAAACUUUUCUUAUAAAUAUAUAAAAUAUAUUAAAAUGUUGAAUUAAAUGUUGUAAAUUAAGUUCAGAUUUACAAUCUGACAUUUGAUGAUGGGUCUAUAAAACCAAAACAAAACUUUAGUAUUAUUAGGUCUCUAUGAAAUCCAGUAACUGUUCCAGCUUUAUGUUAACUUGUUUAUACGGUCUUCAACAGUUACAUAGAGUUAAAUAUCUGGUUACUUUGAUUUUCACACACACCUUUCAUAGAUAUAAAAGUUAAACUUUUCCGUAAUUAGAAUUUGUUUUAUGCAAAUAUUGUUUUCCCUGUAUGGCCGUAAACUGCAGUAAAUGUUAAUAUGCUUUCAUCAACAUUAACUUUGAUAUAAGGGACUGUACACUUCUAAAGGAAAAAAGUCUGCCGGCACAUAAUUUGGCAUUGUCAUAUGUCAUUCAUUCGCAAUGGAUAUUUUACAUGAUUUUUAAAAUUGUAAUUUUGAGCAUAAUUUAUAUCAAAAAUCAUAUACAUUUAUACGCAUUUCAAAGAAACUAAAUAUUUGUGUGCGCUUUUUUAUGGGAUGACUAAAUACUGCAAGGUUUCAGAUACUGAACUAUUCAUAUACAUGUACAUGUAUAUGUAUCGAUUAUUUCUUUUUUGUAUUGUCCCUCUGUAUCAUUUACUACCGAUCAAGCUGUAUUAAAUUGAGUCUUUUAUUUAACAUAUUUUGUUAAUUUUGUUGAUAAGAAGUGUAAUUUUCAGACACAAGAGAAGUGUAAAAAUU